AUUGUUUUCUGCAGGCCCGCCUGCGGGGCAGUUGUCUCGGACUACUUGCCUAUUCAAAGUCUCCCGAGUCCUGUAGCUUAGCAACCUAUCUUUAUUGUAUCCUACCAUUUCCCUGUGAUCAGCUUCUUUAAAAAAUAUAUUUAUAAAAUGAAGUCACCAGAACUCUAAAGCUAAGUCCCAAACGAGCAGAGAAGAGUCUCACAUCUGCUUCGCUUACAGAAAUGUAGCACACCUCUUUUCUGGUUUUCUAGAGCACGAAGAGAGAAGACAACAUGGACAACAUGAUGGACUCUGACAUGUCUCCUGACUCCCGAACAUCGUUUCGCUUUGACAAAAGGAUCGCUUUCUUUGCGAGUCAGGACCUGGCUUCUAUAAGAAGUAAAGCAUUUGUGUACCCUCAAACCGAACUCAGCACUAACAUCUGGAAAAGAAAGGCACUAGAUUUCACACCAAAACUAUACAGAUCCAUUAGGCUGCCUCAGAAGGCAAAAAGAAUUGAGCGUGCCUCUUUGACAUUGACCAGCUCUGCUGGUAACCUGGACAGUUUCUGGAAAGCCAGAUCAAUAGAGCUGCCAGAAAUUUUUCCAAAAAAAGAACAGCCAAAGUUUGAAGCAAGAUUCAGGCCUCCUGAUGCACUUGGAGCAAGUAUAAUUUUUGUAAAAACAGGCAAAUACCCCUCUGAUGUCUACAAAGAUCCCAAACCUCAUGACUUCAGGCAGUAUGAAGAUAAUAUACCAGACAUAGUGACGACCUAUGAACGAGAUCCAGGCAAUCUGAAUCUCAAGUUACAGAACCUCAGUGCAAUCGACAGCUCCAGAUCCCCAGCCCCAGCGCUGCGGCAGAAAGGGCGCUCUGACAGAUUCGACACGUUCAAGCCGGCCGAACCCAAGUGGGAUCCGAAGCUAAUACUUCCGGAGGGACCCUGGCCUCCAAAGUCAGCUUCUUACACGAGACACAGGCGGAGAAGAGGUGUUUAUUCUGCCCUGAUGGAGCGUGUGGAAGAGAAACUUGAUAACAUGUGCAAAAAUGUACCAUAGAUUGUCAUCAUUACAGCAGUCAUAUAGCAUCUACAUCAUACAGCAGUAUACUAUAUAUGCAGUAGUACGUACAAUGUAGUUGUUCUCUUCUUCAUAUAUCACUUUUUAAAGGUGAGCUUGAAAGUGAUUUUUAUGUGUUGUGUUUUAGAUGUUCUUUCACUGCUUCCUUGAUAUACUCAGCUCCACAAACUACAAGCUAGACAAGGGCGUGCUUGGAAUUCUGUAGGUACUGUUUUUUAGAUUAAACUGGAGAAUCUGUGAUUCCAAGAAUACGAUGCAUCCAAAAAAAGCUUUGGAGGUUUUGGAGGUUUGGGGAGACAAAAACUGGGACCAGUGCUGGAUUUGAAAAAGAAAAUAACCAGAGAAACGGCAUGGAAUGCCUCUUGGGUGUUGUACGUCUUUGUCCACCUGGGGUAGAUGCGAAUUCCCAACAAAUUGUGCAUCUGCUGCACAUUCCUCACACUGUGCAUUCAGUAAAAAUGAAACUACCUCUCUUUGGCUCUCACAAGGCAAGUGCAUUAAUACAGUAUAUGUAUUGUACCAGUGUGCAAUACACUAAAGAAUCUUAGUGCUCUUACUUUAUACUUUUAUUUGAUGAUAAUUAUAUUGCACAUUGUUUUCAUUCACUUAAGGAUGUUUGUAUUCUUGCAGUUCUUGUAGAGGAUUGUUUUUUAUGUAUUGCUUUGGAAUGGGCAAUGUAAAAACCUGCCUCUUCUAUGUUUUGAAUGGCUGUUAGUUCAUAUGCAUUACUUUGUCCAAUGUCAUUCUAAAAUCUGCAAUAAACAUUCACUUCUCAUAAAGUCUGAACCUCUGGUAACAACUCAUGAGCUCAAACAGCAUAGUAAAUAAUUUUCUUUGUGUAAA